GGGUUAUGGCGGGAAACUAAAAGGCUCGGUGUGAAGACCGCACCGUGGCAGUGCCAUUCAUACAGUUGAAUCAGAAGCCCUGUCGUGUGAGAGAAAUGGCGGAGAAGGACAAGGAGUUGACGGAGAAGGUAGUGCCGGAAGCGGAGGAGCUCCCCAAGACUAUUGUGCGCCGGGUGGUCAAGGAGAAGCUCUCCCAGCUUGCCACCGACUCCGAGAUCUCUGUACUCCGCGACUCACUCCAGGCCUUCUGUGAGAGUGCCCGCAUCUUCAUCCACUACCUUUCCGCCACUGCGAAUGACAUAUGUAGGGAGUCAAACAGGCAAAUAAUCAAUGCGGAAGAUGUAUUCAAGGCCCUGGAAGAGAUUGAGUUUGCUGAGUUUAUUGGCCCUCUUAGAGCUUGCCUCGAAGAGUUUAGACAAAAGAACCCUGGGAGGAAGGUGGCUUCAUCAGGAUCAUCCAAGGCCAAAGACACAAGCAAGAAUGCCAAAAGGAAACCACCUGCACAAAGUGAGGGUCGAAAGAAACGACGUGAAGUUGAAAGCAACAGGGACGAGGAUGAUGCGGAUUGAGCCGGAAUGUUACUCACCCCCAUCAGAAGCAAGAAGCAGGAGACAGUUGCUUCUCUUUGUGUUCUAUGUUCCAAAAACUACUCUCCUGUAUCUUUCCAUCUACUCUUGGUUGAGGAAUUCUAUAAAACUGAAUGCUCCUGCUCUCUCCACUAAAGCUCUCCAAUGUCUUGGCAUCCAUUUCAUUUUUGAUGUAUGUAUAUGUGUAUUCAUGCACAUAUUUGAACUUUUAUCAGAUUUCGUGGCUAUUGAAAUUCAGCAUUAUGUUCCGAAAA